AGCGCGGCUCGAUUGCGAGGCUUUGAGGAAGACCUAGGCUUGAAAGGGCAGCAGUUCGCCACCGUGUUGUCUGUCCUGUACAUCGGCUACAUCUCGAUGCAAAUACCAUCAAAUAUGUUUAUGAACCACAUUGGCAAGCCGUCCAUCUACUUGCCGACCUGCAUGGCGGUCUGGGGACUCGUCUCCGUCAUGACAGGCUUUGCACACAACUUCUACGAUGUGCUGUUGACGCGUCUCAUCCUCGGCGUCGUCGAAGCCUCCUUCUUCCCCGGCGCGCUGUUCCUCAUCAGCAAGUGGUACAAACACAGCGAGCUCGGCUCGCGCACCGCCCUCCUCUUCUGCGGCAACAUCAUCAGCAACGCCUUCGGCGCGCUCAUCGCCUCCGCGAUCCUCGACAACAUGCAAGGCGUCCUCGGGCGCGCCGCCUGGCGCUGGCUCUUCUACAUCGAGGGCUCGUUGACCGUCAUCGUCGCCGUCUCCGCCAUGUUCGUGCUCCCGGACUUCCCGGAGACGUCAAAGUGCGGGUGGCUGACCGAACAGGAGAUCCGCCUGGCGGUCCGGAGGAUGGAGGAAGACGCGGACGCGUCUGCGCAAGGCACCCCGUCUGGCGGGGGCAUGGCCGAAGGGCUCUGGCUCGCGGUCAGCGACCCGAACGUGUGGAUACUCAGCGGAGCGAUGUUUUUCGAGAUCGUUGCGAACAGCUUCACGGCGUGGUUCCCGACCAUCGUGGCCACACUGGGGUACAGCCGGACUGUGACCUUUUUGUUGUGCGCACCGCCGUAUCUGCUUACGGCGCUCCUUGCCUUCUAUGUCUCGAGACACUCCGACAAGAAGGGCGAGCGAUUCUACCACAUCACCAUCUCCCUGUGGAUAGGCAUCGCCGGUUUCUUGAUCGCAAUGACGACAAUGAACACCGGCGCGCGCUACUUCUCCCUGUUCCUCAUGACGCAGUCCUACGCCGGCUUCUCUGUCUUCUACGGCUGGAUGAGCAACAACUUCCCGAGCCCGCCCGCGAAGCGCGCCGUCGCGCUCGCGCUCAUCAACGCCGUCUCGCAGUUCGGGAACAUCGCGGGCUCGUACGUCUGGCAGCCCGCGUGGGCGCCGCGCUUCCGCGGGAGCCUCGCCAUCUGCGCCGUCGCGAGCGCCGCGUCGGUCGCGUGCUGCCUCGUGCUCAAGCGCCGGCUCGAGGCCGCGAACGCGCGCCUGCGCCGUGCGGAGAGGGACCGCGGCGAGACGAGGGCGGGGUUCCGCUACCUUGUGUAGUGCGUGAGGCCUCUUUUUCUCUCUCUUUUUCUUGCGCCGUCGGACGAGGCACUGGCUAGAUGACUUCGUGUGUACAUACCAUACCAUACCAUGUAUUAUAUACAUCUCAACUUCCGCGGAACCGCU